AUGACUGUGGGGAACAUGGAGAGUGUUGAGCUGUUUGAUGCAGGGAAGAAAGGUCGCGGCCUGAGGGCCACCAGAGAGCUCAACACCGGGGAAGUGGUCUUCGCUGAGCCCAGUUUCGCCGCGGUGGUCUUCGACAGUUUGGCCACCCAGGUGUGCCACAGCUGUUUCCGGCACCAGGCCAAUCUGCACCGCUGUGCCCAGUGCAAGUUUGCUCACUACUGCGACCGCACCUGCCAGACUGCAUGCUGGGACGAACACAAGCAGGAGUGCGGAGCCAUCAAGAAGCUCGGCAGGGCCCCCAGUGAGAACGUUCGUCUGGCUGCUCGAGUGCUGUGGCGUAUACACAAGGACACCGGCAUCGCGUCCGACAGUCAGCUGGUGUCGGUGGACCAGCUCGAGGACCACAUGGCCGACCUGGCUGAAGAAGACCUCAAGAAGCUCAAGAGCGACUUGCACACGUUCCAGGGAUACUGGUCGUAUGGGAGAAAGCAGCACCCUGCUGAAUACAUCUCACGCAUCUUUGGCAUUAUCAAGUGUAAUGGAUUCACCCUGAGUGACCAGAGAGGCCUGCAGGCUGUUGGUGUGGGUCUAUUCCCCAACCUGUGUCUGGUCAACCACGACUGUUGGCCCAACUGCACCGUCAUCCUCAACCAUGGCAACCAGUCAGCUGUGAGUUCCACCCUCCACUCUCAGAGGAGGAUCGAGCUGCGAGCUAUGGGGACAAUCCCGGAGGGAGCAGAGCUGACUGUCAGCUACGUGGACUUCCUCAGCGUGUCUGCUGACCGCCAGAAGAAACUCAAGGAGCAUUUCCACUUUGAGUGCACCUGCGAACACUGUAGCCAGCACAUUAAGGACGACCUAAUGAUGGCUGCUGCAGAGGGCAAACCAUCUGCUGACAAGGUGAAAGAGGUGACAGCCUUCAGCAAAGAGUGCCUGGAGAAGAUUGAAACGUCCCGGAUUGAGAGGGAUUAUCCAGAGGUGGUGAAGUUAUGCCGUGAGUGUCUGGAGAAGCAGGAGAACGUCCUGGCUGACACUCACCUGUAUAAGCUCCGUGUGCUCAGCAUUGCCAGUGAGGUGCUUUCGUACCUGCAUCACUUCUCUGAGGCGGCAAACCACGCUCGCAGGAUGGUGGAGGGGUACAUGAAGUUAUACCACCCCAACAAUGCCCAGCUGGGCAUGGCCAUAAUGCGGGCAGGUGUCACCCACUGGCAUGCGGGUCAGAUAGAGGCGGGUCAUGGCAUGAUCUGCCAGGCCUACCGCAUCCUCAUGGUCACCCAUGGACCCAACCACGCCAUCACCAGAGACCUGGAGACCAUGCGCAGGCAGACUGAGAUUGAGCUGAAGCUGUUUAAGCAGAAUGAGGAUGAGUACCUCGCCAUGAGGGAGGCUGCUCUGAAGAAAUAAAAAGAUCACAAGCCUCUCCACUGCAUCGAUCACCACUGAAGACGAUGACGAUGAAGCUGAUGCUCUGACCCAUGUCUAACUGCACUGACCUGAACAUAUAAUGUAUGUCCUGUAAAGCACUGCACUCAGCCCCUGUGCUGAGUCUCUGAAUAUCCAGCUUCACGAUACACUGUUGCAUGUAUCUGUGUGCACAGUAUCUACAAUAAAAGUGGAGCUACAACAUG